AUGCCGCUACCCGACGUGGAGCUGUUCACGAACCUCGCCCGCCUCCCAACGCAGCCAUGCGCAGGCAACCAUCCAAGCAGCCCGCGUGCUGUCAAGGCCUGCUUCGGCCCCGCCUGGUGCUUCAUGCAAGGCGACAACAACAACCCAGCGUCCGCGUGGGCCUUCAUCACCGCGGACGAGGCUCGUCUGUUGACGCUCGCUCGUCGCAACUUAUGGACGCAGGACUGCCUCGACGAACUGGUUGCUCGCGACCUCGAGGAACACAUGGAGCGCGUGGAGCUCACCGAUGACGAGUCCAAGGACGAAGAAGCCAAGGCGGAGUAG